AUUAAUAUCCUUGUAAUAAUUAAUUGCAAAAAAAAAAGUAUAAAUAUUCGUUUAAAAAUUCGUAAAUUUUUUUAUUUUCUUCAUAUUUUUACAAAAAAAAAUUAAAUAAAAAAAAUGAUGUACAAAUCUUUAGCCCUAUUCUUUAUGUUCGUUAGUUACGUAGCGGGUGACGACCAUGUGCAUCCCAAGGAUCCUACGUUAGAGGAAGUCGUAAAGGCGAAUUGGAAAAUUGGGCUUGAUAUGUACAAACAAAUAUCGAAAGAGAGUCCCCAGAAGAGCAUAUUCUUCUCGCCUUAUUCUAUGACCUCGGUUCUGCUGAGUCUGCAUUUGGGAGCCAAGGGUUCAACAGCCAGCGUUAUAGAAUCUGAACUGGGUUUGACCACUAUAACGGAUGCUCAUUCCGUUGCCCAAGCCAAGCUCUACCAAAUGGUCCUAGAACACAAGGGUCAGUACGAUCUGGUGGUAGCUAAACGAUAUUACGCCGAUAACUCGAUAGAUCUACUGAAGCCUUAUACCGAUAAGGUGGAAAAAUUUUUCCAAGUCAAGAUAGAGAAAUUAGAUUUUUCUAACACGGCCACGUCUGCCGCUACGAUCAACAAAUUCGUGAGCGAAGUGACGAAAGGCAAAAUCCCUAAUCUCGUUCCAGCUGGCCUACUCAAGUCCACCACCAAAUUCCUGGCAGCGAGCGCCAUUACUUUUAAAGGUAAAUGGAAUAACAAAUUCGAUUCCGUUACCCAAGGCCAAUUCAAAACUUUGACCGGAGCGGCCAAGCCUCAAACAUACAUGGAGAAAACGGGAGUUUUCAAAAUAGGUCACGACGCUAGUUUGGCCGCAAAAAUACUGGAACUGCCUUAUCUAACUGACCAUCACUCGGCUUACAUAGUCCUGCCCGAUUCUCCGACGGGUCUAACCGCCUUCGAAGAAACCCACCUAGAAAAUACGGUAGCCUUGAAAACUUUGCUCGCUUCCCUGAAACCUACGAACGCUAAAAUCUCUAUCCCCAAGUUCCACACCACUUCUCAUUACGAACUCAGUUCCGAGUUUAAAACCGGCGGACUUGGUGACCUCUUCACGCCAGGCACAGCUGAUUUUUCGGGUAUAGAUGCUACUGCCGUAGCCGAUAAAUUGGCCCUAGAUUACUACAUCCAGGAGGCAAGGCUAACGUUCGACGAAAAUGGAGGUAAUACUCCAUCGAAAGAUACCCCAAUCAAUCUCGGAGCAUCGGAAACUUUCAAAGCAGACCAUUCAUUCUUAUACGCCAUUAUCUGUAAAAAGACCAACGCCCCGUUCUUUAUUGGUAGAUUCAAUGGAUAAGCCAAGCAAACGAUGUUAUAUAUAUACAAUCUUGUAAAAUAUUUUUUACAAGAUAAUAUUUUAUAAUAUUUGUAAAAAAUUUUAUAUAUUUCAUAAAAAACAAACAAUCUAGUUUUUAGAUAGCUAACCAAUAAUAUUUUUUUAAAAAAAACUGCUUUUACAACUUGUUUCAUAGAAAGACCAAAUAAUAAUAAAAAUAUUAUAU